GUAGAGAAGUUGAGAAGAAGAACAUGCAGACUUAUGUUAGAAGGAGGAAGCGACAGAAGAUUAAUUAAGCGAGAACAAGCAUGCAUUCGAGCGAGUUCGACGGCGCCGCAGCCUUCUCCGGUGGUGGCUUUAUGCCGUCUCAGGCAACUCAAGGCCAUGAACCUUCCUUCUCCUAUUCCAAGAAUCGUGAUGCUCAAUCAUUGCUUCCUCUGACGGUCAAGCAGAUAAAUGAUGCUUUUCAGUCAAGUGAUGAUAAGUCUAAUAUGAUUAUCGACGGCGUGGAUGUGAAUAAUGUCACUCUUGUAGGAAGGGUGUGCAACAAAGCUGGAAGGAUUACUGAUGUUACAUUUGUACUAGAUGAUGGGACUGGAAGAAUUGAGUGCAGUAAAUGGCUCCAGGAAGAUGUAGACACCAAUGAAGCGGAGGGUCUCAGGGAUGGAAUGUAUGUGCGCUUACAUGGACACUUGAAAGGUUUUCAGGGAAAAAGGACCUUAAACGUAUUCUCUUUUAGGCCUUUGAGCGACUUUAACGAGAUUGCAAGUCACUUCAUCGAUUGUAUAUACGUCCAUCUCUAUAAUACCAGGAUACGGAAUAGUGUGCCGAAUCAGCAAUCUAUGAACAAUUCCUUACCUAUUAAUCCCACAAGAGGUUAUCAAGCUGCCCCUUCAACUCAAUUCUCUGGUCAGCACAACAAUGGUCAGAAAAGUGUUGAAGAUAUGGUCUUGGAUAUCUUGCAUCUUCCCUCGAACAGGGCAAAAGAGGAGGGUGUCUCUCGGGAUCUUAUUGCACAGCAUCUUGGACUUCCUUUGGAUAAGCUCAUGUUAUCCAUAAAAAAUCUUAUUGAGGAAGGCGCCAUAUAUGAAGCUAUAGCUGAUCAUUACAAGUCAAUCAUCAAUGGUUGACAUCUUGUCAACGACUUUGAUCCUUAUCUGAGCCUGUCUGGUAAUGAUUAUCCAUUGGAUAGUUGACUCUGCUUAACCCCGUAUCAUC